AUGGCCGCCCUCGCCGCUGCCGCGGGGCUCAGGGAGCUCGUCAUGGACAAGUGCCUCGGCGUUACCGACGUCGGGCUCGCCAAGGUCGUCGUCGGGUGCCCCGGGCUGGAGAAGCUCAGCGUCAAGUGGUGCCAUUUCUGGAUUUUAGUUGCUGCUUGGAAGGUGAGCAAUGAAUCCCAUAGACCACUCUCCACUCUCGAGAAGUUGGAGGACAUAACAAUGGUCUGCUGCUUGUUUACAGACGAUGAUGGCCUACAGAUGCUAAGCGCAGGCAACUCGCUGAAGGAGCACUACCAGGAACAGCAACAGCAACGAAUGCAGUAA